AUUCCCUCCUUUGACAUCCUUGUCAUUAGAACUAUCCCAUAUACCUUUUUUCUAUACAUCCCUUCAAUUCACCAAGCCCAACCACCCGUCACCAUGGCCUCUAACCCUCCCGGAGCUUGCUGUGCCCAGGGCUUCAAGCACGAAGGCACCCCUGUCGGUGAAGUCAAGAAGAUCAACAACAUCGACACCUACAUUGUCUACCCCAAGGACAACAAGACCCCCGAGAAGGCUGUCCUCUUCCUGAGCGACAUCUUCGGUCUCUUCAACAACGCCAAGCUCCUCGCCGAUGAGUUCGCCAACAAUGGAUACCUGUGUGUCCUCCCCGACCUUUUCAGCGGCGACGCCAUCGACCCCGUCGCCAUGGAGUCCGGCAAGUUUGACAUUGGUGCCUGGUUCCCCAACCACCAGCCCGCCAACGUCGACCCCAUCGUCGAGUCGACCAUCAAGUACAUCAAGGGAGACUUGGGCGUUAAGCGCAUCGGCGCUGUCGGUUACUGCUUCGGUGCCAAGUACGUCUGCCGCUUCAUGAAGGACGGCCAGGUCGACGUUGGUUUCAACGCCCACCCCUCUUUCGUCACCCACGAGGAGCUUGGUGCCAUCCAGGGCCCUCUGUCCAUUGCUGCUGCUCAAAUCGACAACAUCUUCACCACCCAGCUCCGUCACGAGUCUGAGGAGACCCUCAUCAAGACUGGCAAGCCCUGGCAGAUCAACCUGUACAGCGGUGUCUCCCACGGCUUCGCUGUCCGCGCUGACUUGAGCGUUCCCCACUUCAAGUGGUCCAAGGAGCAAGCUUUCUGCCAGGCCGUCAACUGGUUCAAGCAGUACCUGUAAAUGUUUGAGGUAGAAUUAGCGGCAUCUUCUGUACAUGUUACCAUUAGUUAGAUAAUGAACCGGCAU